UUUGAUUUCAAAGGUCUUCACUCACACAGGGCUUACAGGAGAGAGUCCUAUAAACACGUCAAACUGUAUUUUACAGCUGAGCAUCUGUCAAAUCUCGAUUCCACUGCUAUAAUGAGCUCUAUGUCUUUGUGUGUGCUGCUGCUGUGCAGUCUACUGCCAGUGGCAAAUACCUUUUGCUAUGGGAAGAUACCGCAACCAGGUGUAGCACAUUGUAAGGAUGACACAGAUGAAACGUGGCAUGCAGUAGGAUCUUCCUGGAGGAAUAGUGCAUGUAUGGAUUGUACUUGUAGUGGAUGCUGUUCUGCCUAUUCCAUACCCAGAAGCUUCCCUUCAGACUGUGAAAAAGUGUUUGACCAAAAUGCAUGUGAAUACAGAGUACUCAAGAAGAACGACCCAUCAGUGGAGUGUCCAAUUUACGAAUCAGUAGGAAAGUGAUGCAAUCAAUACUUCAAGUGUGCUCCAGGAUCAAGUGUUUGGCUCCUGGUUUUCCUGAUGUUGUUGUGUUUGUUGUCGAGGUUGGGGACAGACCUUUGUUUGUUGGUUAAAACACAAAGCAAAAAAUAAAACAUAUUGGCCUCAAAUGAAAAAUGCUUCAAAUAAACAUUGAAGAAGACAAUGA